AGAGUAGACAUUGGGCUACAAUACUGCUAAAUUGAACUUGAAAACAUACUUAAUGGAAGUAAAUGGUUUUCCAGAAACCCCCUAGAAAACCUCUAAGGGAUUUUGGCUCGGAUGUGAAAAGAUACCUUCAUCCACCCUCUUUCUAACAGUAAAAAUCCGAACUCAAUAGCUAUCAGCGUUGCGGAGUUAUUCAACAAACCCGACUGCACUAUAUUUUGAGAUGAACAGUAGUUAAAAAGAAUAAUGCCAUUUUUUGCCAGUAUAUGUGUUCGGUCAAGAGCAUUGUUAUUAAUCAUUACAAAACUAAAGAAAGACUAAAAGAAAUGAUCCCAAUAAUGUAAUUCAAGGUGAAAAGAAGCAAAACUGUCGUCUGAUUUCAAAUGUUCAUUUUUUUACUUAAUUCUACUGACAAAACAAAAGUUAUAUCUGAAAUUAGAGUUGCAAAAUUUUAACCUUAAAAGUAUCUUUGAACAUUUUUUUUUCAAAACAAAUUUUUACAUCCUUGGCUGCGUUCGAAAAGCCUAAAGAUGAGACGAAACUAGGUAUUUGAUCAGUGUUUAUAUUUUUGUAAAACGAGACUUUCGAUCUCAAAUAGUAAUUAAUUGUUGAAAUUCAAUGGUGACUUUUCCACCUUUUUUACUUUUGUCUCGACGAUUUUGACUGAGUUUUUAUCCCAUUCCAAAGAUAUUUUUCACAUAUGAAAUAACUUAUUUUUUGAAAAUUUUUGCUUCCUCUAUUAAGGUUAUCAAAAAAUAAUUAGGACGAACUUUUCUCCCUCUACUUCUGCUUUCCUUGCUUCAAAAAGUCUGUUUUACUUUACUGUACAGUGUUUCUUUACUCUUUCGACUCACUUAGAUUGUAUAGUCCAAAAUUUCAAUGUUAAUUUUAGUUAAAAUAUAAGAAAGUCAGCGUUCAACUUUUUUUUUUGCAAAGUACAUAGCUGAAUCAUUUUCAUGUAAGAAGAUUUAAAAAUUCUAAAUUUAUGAAUAAAUAUGUAUGCUGUAUCAGAUGAACAUAAUCAGAAUAAGAUCUAUCUUUUAAUGAGAUUACGUUUUACUUGAUAUGAUACUGAUUGUCUCCUAAUUUAUCUUGUAUAAGAAGGACUAAAUUUGGUUAAAAAUAAUUUUUUAUUAAGAUACGUUUAUUCAUUAUAAGUAUUAAAAAACAGGACAGUUUUGUUCCAUAUAUCGUACUGUAUAAAUAACUAAUUGUUUCCUUAUAAUCAUCGUUCUUCACACAUAAUCAUAUUGAUUUAGUUUCUAAGCCUUUCUUUUAUUUGAACUUGUCGUAUAUCUAAUAUAUAUCUUUUCAAUCAAAUAAGAAUAUAUUUGUUUAUGUGAUCUGGUAUUGAUGAUGAAUGAUUUUUUUUUUUUUUAUACGGAAAAAAAUAUUUAGUUACUUCCAUGUUUAUUUUGUUAUUAAACAUGGUGACAAUAGAAUGAAGAUGGAUUUUUUCUUCUUCUUCUCCUUUUUUUUUUUCUUUUUUAAUAAUAACAUAUCUAUUUAAUUUUCAUAGUAUCUGUAUUUGUACAAUUUACUAUACGAUGAAUUUGUUUUAAAAGAGAAACAGAUGUUUUAUAACACGUAUAUAUCUAUUUCAUUUUUGAAAAAAUUUGUUCUAUACAUCAGAUAAUGUUUGAAAUAAUAUUCGUUAUCGUUAAAGUUAUUUUUCUUACACAUCUAGUAAAAACCAUGACACUUGAUAAUAGUAUAGUUGAUUUAUCCAAUAGUAAAAAUAAUCUAAAUUUGGUAAUAUCAAAUUCAUCGACCAUUUCCAAUUCAAAUAUUAUACAAGAAAUAUCUGAUACAUCGAUUGGAAUAGUAAAUAAUAAUAUUCAACAAAAUCGACGUGAACGAAAAGUAAGAAAAAUAUGUGGUCCGUCACUUAUUCGAAUGUUAGAAGCUGUAUGUUCAAAAGCAAAAGAACUAACAAAAACAAUUGAAUCACAUGAUAAACGACAACUUGUAUUAGAUUAUGAAGAUCCGUAUGCUCGUACUGUUGCAGUUAUUGACAAUACACAAUUUAGCAAUACGUUAGUUGGUGAUUGUUGUUUGAAACCGUGUAGUAUCAAUACAUUAAUUAAUUAUUGUUAA